GGAGUCGGAGACUCCCCUAGUCCCCUGCGCAGUGGGCACUCACAGUUACCUUAUCGUCGCCGCUGGACGAACACCGAUGGCCGCGCCCCCGCCUGCAGCAGCAGCACCGCCUCCCGCCAUGUCCGCCCUCCCCACCUUCGCCUCCUCCCACCCUUAUCCGUCUCUCCCCACGACCAAACCCCUCACCCCCAACUCGCGGCUCAACUUCGCCCAUGCCGGCGUCGCCGCAUCUCCCAAUGCCGUCCCCCACCGCGCCGUCUCCAACGACCGCCUGCGAGGCCUCGUCCGCAGGGGAGACCUCGAAGAGGCUCUCCGCCUCGUCGAGUCCAUGUCCGGCCUCGAACCCUCCGCCGCCCCGGGGCCUUGCGCGGCGCUCAUCAAGAAACUCUGCGCGUCCGGGCGCACGGCCGAGGCCCGGCGCGUGCUGGCCGCCUGCGAGCCCGACGUCAUGGCCUACAACGCGAUGGUAGCUGGGUACUGCGUCACGGGGCAGCUCGACGCCGCUCGCCGGCUCGUGGCGGACAUGCCCAUGGAGCCCGACUCGUACACCUAUAACACGCUCAUCCGCGGCCUGUGUGGACGCGGCAGGACCGGGAACGCCCUUGUGGUGCUCGACGAUAUGCUCCGCCGAGGGUGUGUGCCCGACGUCGUCACCUACACCAUCCUGCUCGAGGCCACGUGCAAGAGGAGCGGGUACAAGCAGGCCAUGAAGCUUCUGGACGAGAUGCGUGCCAAGGGAUGCGCCCCAGACAUUAUCACCUACAACGUCGUUGUUAAUGGCAUCUGCCAAGAAGGACGGGUUGACGAUGCCAUCGAGUUCUUGAAGAGCCUGCCGUCGCAUGGAUGCGAGCCAAACACUGUUAGCUACAACAUUGUGCUGAAGGGCUUGUGUACUGCAGAGCGGUGGGAGGACGCCGAGAAGCUCAUGGCUGAGAUGAGCCAGAAGGGUUAUCCCCCAAAUGUGGUAACAUUCAACAUGCUCAUCAGUUUCUUGUGCCGUAGAGGAUUGGUUGAGCCUGCGAUGGAAGUUCUUGAUCAGAUCCCAAAGUAUGGGUGCACACCUAAUUCUUUGAGUUACAACCCAAUACUUCAUGCAUUCUGCAAGCAAAAGAAAAUGGAUAGGGCCAUGGCGUUUGUGGAAUUGAUGGUCUCCAGGGGCUGUUACCCUGACAUCGUUUCAUACAACACUCUUCUUACUGCGCUCUGUCGUGGUGGGGAGGUUGACGCAGCUGUUGAAUUGCUUCAUCAACUCAAGGACAAAGGCUGCACUCCUGUUUUGAUUAGUUACAACACGGUCAUCGAUGGCCUUACUAAAGCUGGGAAGACAAAGGAAGCUUUAGAGCUGCUGAAUGAGAUGGUAACCAAAGGGCUCCAACCGGAUAUAAUCACUUAUUCAACAAUAUCUUCUGGUCUUUGUCGAGAAGAUAGAAUUGAAGAAGCAAUUAGAGCAUUUUGUAAAGUGCAAGAUAUGGGCAUAAGGCCCAACACAGUGCUUUACAAUGCAAUACUUCUUGGACUUUGCAAAAGACGCGAAACACACAAUGCUAUCGACCUGUUCAUUUACAUGAUAUCGAAUGGCUGCAUGCCUAAUGAAUCAACUUACACUAUAUUGAUUGAAGGCUUGACUUAUGAGGGCUUGGUUAAGGAGGCACGGGAAUUACUGGGUGAGUUGUGCUCUAGAGGAGUUGUGAGUAAGGGUUUGAUAAAUAAGGCGGCCAUUAGGUUGCUUGAUGGAACUACACAUACUUAAAAAGGUUGAUCAGCAGUACCAUGUGGAUCCAGGAAUAUGUUUUUGUGCAUCAUCAUCGGCAGGACGGGUACUUCACUACACUUAAUGACAUCUUAAUUCAUGCUGCUAUCUUAUUAGCAUGGCUGAUGAUAUGCUGUAACUGAAAUUGGUAUAUGAGGAUGCAUAAUUGAUACCUGAUGCCUAGACUUCGGCAUAUGAUGAGAAGUUUCUCCCUUUUUCCCAACUUGAGCUCAGAGAUUAAUUGAAACUUUCCUAGUGUAGAUUACAAUCCUGAUAACCACUGGGAAGCACAUGUAACAAAAAACUUUUAGGAUUCGCAAAAACACAAAACGUUUAGGCAGUGGUCGUAUUUAUCUACAUAACAGGAUGGAAGCAGAGUACAUAAAGAGAGAACAUUUUUUGUGCGAGUGUCCGGGGCCGCUAGGGCGCAUCUGUGGUGCCGGUGUGCAGGCAGGUUUUGUCUACUCUGCUGAAACGACACAAGUCGAAUCCGAGGGUGGAGUAUGUGGUUCUUGUCUAGAUUUCUCAGUGACUAAAUUUGUAAGAGGAUCGAGGAACCUUCCCUGGAAGAACGCCAGACGUGUGACAGGCUGCAGCAGGGAAGAACGCCAGACGUGUGACAGGCUGCAGCAGGGAAGAACGCCAGACGUGUGACAGGCUGCAGCACGCAGAGAUGUCUCAACUCACAACGUUCUCAUCCUUCGAGGCAUGGAAAUUCAUACACCCUUGCUAGAAUGGUCUCCAACUGCAGAUUGAUGUAAUGUUUAAGUACCCAGAAAUGAAUAAUCAGUGGUUUUGGUUUUAGGUUCCA